UCUAAAUAUAUGCGAGAGAGUGGAAGUACAACUCUGAAGAUGAACUUAUUCUUUUUUACUCUAAUAUUGUUGGUCAAUGUUUUCACCACGAAUGCAGAAAAAUCUUCCAAUAUCUCAUUUAAAAAAUCAGUUUUAUCGCCACCGGAAGUUUGUGCAGAGUGUGGAUGUGUUCGUGGAGUUUUCGAAAGUGGACGAAAGAAGCCCUACGACGCAUUCUACGGAAUCCCUUACGCUGAACCUCCUCUUGGAAAAUUGAGAUUAGAGAAUCCAGUUCCUCAUUCCGGUUGGUCAGGAUACUGGGAUGCUUCGUAUCCCAGAGAUGACUGUAUUCAAAGUAACGUCUCUUUACCUGGACAGACUACCUCAGGAUCAGAGGAUUGCUUAUAUCUCAAUGUAUAUCGACCAAGUACUUGGAACUGGAAAAAGAAACUCCCGGUUGUGGUAUAUAUUCAUGGUGGUUCAUUCCUAUCAUUCUCAUCGAAACCUGAAUUAUUCGGUCCUGAAUACAUUAUGGACAAUGGUGAAGUGAUUUUAGUGACUUUGAAUUAUCGACUUGGCAUUUUGGGAUUCCUCUGUUCAGGAGAUGAAGCUGUUAAGGGAAACUUUGGAUUAAAAGAUCAACAAAUGGCUCUUCAAUGGGUAGCCACAAAUAUUGAAUAUUUUGGAGGAGAUUCAUCUUCAGUUACACUUGCUGGACAAAGUUCCGGAGCAUCAUGUGCUCAUUUGCAUAUGAUGAAUUCAAAAUCUCAGGCUCUAUUUCAUCGAGUUAUACUCAUGAGUGGUACAGCCCUAGCUCCUUUCAUGUACCCAAUUGAUAAUGCUGCGCAAUUUCGGACUAUUGCCAAUUUCACUGGACUAAAGGAUUUUGACACGGCAGCUACGUACAAUUUGGCAUACCAAAUGAAGAAAGUUGACGCUGCAACAUUUGUUGAAACUGUAGAAUUGCUAUAUACUUUUUUUGCAACGCCCCCAGCUCCAAUUCGUCCCUGCAUCGAGGGUGAUUGGGAGGGAGCCUUCAUGACUGAAGACCCCCGAAAAGUUUGGGCAGAAGGAAGAUAUGUUCAAAAACCAAUUCUAGUUGGAACGGUUAAAAAUGAUGGAGCAUCAUUAUCCCUUAUUACUCUAAAUGAGGAUCUAUUGGAUCAGUUCAAUAGGAACAUCUACGAUUAUCUUCCAAUCCAGAUGGAAUUCAAACCAAGGUACAUGUCAGAUGUUCUGAAAUACUACUUCGGAACCAGGACCACCAUCGAUGCCUCAAAUCAAGAAGCUUACUUCAAGAUGCUUGGAGACAGAAUGUUUCGGUACCCAAUGAUCACUUUAGUUGAUCAAUACGUAGAACAUGCCGACGUUGAGAAAAAUCCUAUCUUCAUUUAUGAGUUUGAUUACGAGAGUUCAUACAAUUUUGUGAAUUUGGUGACCGGAAUAGAAGAAUAUUUCGGACCUGGUCACUCAGACGAUCUAUUGUAUUUCUUCACCAUGGCCUUGCUCUUUGAACCUUUCGAAGUUGAUUCCCCUGAAAGCAGAAUGAGUGAUAUCUGGGUUCGUACGAUGGUUAACUUCGCUGUUCGAGGAGAGAUUAAAGUUUGGCGGACCUUCAGACCUUGUACAACCCAAACUUCUUUUCCAUCUUGUGAUCGUCAAGUCUUUAAAAGAUAUACAAAGUUGGAUCCUAAUCAAGUACUGGUCGAGAUUUCAAAUGAAAUUGACUCCGGAAUGGUUAAACUUUGGUCAAGAAUUGAUAAUUAAACUGCUUGGGGUUCGGCUUUGUGGUCGUGAGCCGGAACCACUUUCUGAUGCUCUGUGUUGUUCUUUUUUUUAUAUUUUUUUAUAUACAUAUUUCUUUUUUGUAACUCACUGUUUGAUGUAACUUAUUAUUUGUAUAAUUCGUAUAUUUUAUUUCUUUUAUAUUUUUUUAAUUAAAACCAUUUGUUGUGCACAGUGGCCAAACAGCCACUAUGGCUAGGCCCAUUUCUUACCAUUAAGGUACUCAUAGACAGACUCAUCAAUAAAAAUAUUGUAAAAGUGUAAACCUGAGCGUACAAUCUAUGAAGGGGUUUUCUAUCGUUAUACCCUGGAGCUUGGUCACCAACGCUAAGGCGGCGAUGGCCGCAAGGUACGGUGGGGUUACCAUGAGUUAUUGUAAGUUUUUCAUGGUAAUGAAAAAUAAAUGCAAUAAAAUACAAUAGAAUAAUAGUGUCAGUGCGUAUUCUAUAGGACCCUGUAGUGGAACUAAUAUCACAAAAUCUUAUUAAACUCAUGAUUAGUACAUUAAAUAUAAACCUUAGAAUAUUUAGAAACUGUACUUGCGUUUUUGGUAAAUUAAUUAAACAUUGCUAAGUGAUUG